ACUCUUCUUCACUGUUGAAGCUGGCUAUCAAAACUCACAACAAUAACUAUGGUACCGAUGAUGAUGAGAGCAGAAGAAGAUAACUACAAUCUAAGUCCUCCACCAUGGUUAAUCCCAAUGCUAAAAGCAAACUACUUCGUCCCAUGUUCAAUCCACGCCGCUUCCAACAAAAGCGAAUGCAACAUGUUCUGUCUUGACUGCAAUUCGCAUGCCUUUUGCUCUUACUGUUUGCUCAAUCACAGAAACCAUCGUGUCCUUCAGAUACGGAGAUCAUCUUACCACAACGUUGUGAGAGUAAACGAGAUUCAGAAGUUCAUAGACAUAUCUUGUGUUCAGACAUAUAUAAUCAACAGCGCAAGAAUCGUGUUCUUGAACGAACGUCCUCAGCCAAGAAUCGGCAAAGGAGUGACCAAUACUUGCGAAAUCUGUUGCAGAAGCCUUCUUGAUUCUUUCCGUUUCUGCUCUCUCGGUUGCAAACUUGGAGGAAUGAAGCGUGACCCAAGUCUAACCUUCUCUUUGAGAGGGAAGCAUGGAAGAGAGUACGAAGGUGAGUGGGAAUCUGAUGAAGCGACCACACCAACUAAGAUACGCAAGACUUCUGCUUUCAACCGUCUGAUGAGUGGUCUUUCCAUCUCCACCGUUAAAUGUGAUUACUUAUCAGGAGAUCAACCGUCUUCGAGCUCCGGUGAUGAGAGCGGUUUUAAUUUUUCUCCGGGGACGCCGCCGAUAUAUAAUCACCGGAAUUCAAGCAGACGGAAGGGCGUUCCACACCGUGCUCCUUUCUAAUAAUUUAUAUACUAACGGAAGCUAAUUAUAUAUAGUAUAGAAAAUACGAUCGUUAUGUUGUAAUUAAAUGGUUAGUAUUGGUUUUUAACCUUUUGAAGCUAGGAAUAUAUAUUAUCAGAAGACAUGUGUAUGUACAGGUAUUGUUUGGCUUUUUUUUCCAUAUACAUAUAGAAAUUAGGUAUAGACUGUACUCAAAAGGGACUGAAAUAUGUUUUCAUAUAGUUUUUCGCUGUAAAUAUACGUUCGAAUGAGGU